AUAAAAAUGGCAUCCAUUUUACUCAAAUGCACUGCCAUUCUCUCUAUCAUUUUCCCAUUUCUAUUCAUAUCAUUAACAAAUGCAAAUCGAAAUUCAGCUUUUCUCUACGACGAUGAAUCUGAAGACGAUGUAUAUUACUACACGCUCGAUAGGCCAUUUUCAAAUUCGAAGAGUGGGAUCAAGGCCACAACAAUCAAGAAGGGAGCGAGCUGUGAUGCGAAUCGCAAUAAUAUUUGCAAUGGGGUAUCGGCAAAUAAUGGGACAAGCAUGCUGUAUUGUUGCAAAAAGCAUUGUAGAAAUGUGCUAGGUGACAUGAACAAUUGUGGAAAAUGUCAAAAUAAAUGUAAGUUUGGACAACGUUGUUGUGGUGGGGUAUGUACUAAUGUGGUCUAUAAUCCUCUACAUUGUGGCAAAUGUAACAAAGCUUGUUUGCCUGGGGUUCCAUGUGAUUAUGGAUAUUGUGGUUAUGCUUAAUUAGGGGAUUAAUUAAUUAUAUUGAGAUGUUGAUUAAUUACAUUGGAAAAAAUAAGUACAAUGGGGUCAUGAGUUCAUAUAUUAGUACUAUAUAUUGUUACUAUUGAGGUCUUUUUUUUUUUUUUUUUUUUAUUGCAUAUAUAGGAGGAGGAGAAGUAUUUAUACGUAAGAUUUCAACAAGCUCCAUUUGAUACAAAGAUUUAUGUAGGGGAGAAAUACUCGUGACUAUAUUGUCAUAAAUAAAAGUAUGUGAUCUUGUUCUUGGCAUUUUGUUUGUCUUAUAUUUAAGCAUAGCAAUCUUUCUUUGGUGCAACAAUAAUGUAUUC